AUGCCUGAAAUCCCAGAACUACCAAAGCCAAAAGUCCUCGAGCUUCCAAACCUAAAAGUCCCAAUUAUGCACAAACCUGAAAUUCCAGAACUACCAAAGCCAAAAGUCCCUGAAAUUCCAAAGCUAGAAGUACCAACUAUGUCAAAGCCUGAAAUUUCAGAACUACCAAAGCCAAAAGUUUUCGAGCUUCCAACUAUGCCAAAGCCUGAAAUUCCAGAACUACCAAAGCCAAAAGUUCCAGAGCUUCCAAAGCUAAAAGUCCCAGCUAUGCCAAAGACUGAAAUUCCACAACUACCAAAGCCAAAAGUUCCCGAGCUUCCAAAGCUAAAAGUCCCAACUAUACCCAAGCCUGAAAUCCCAGAACUACCAAAGCCAAAAGUUCCCGAGCUUCCAAAGCUAAAAGUCCCAACUAUGCCAAAGCUUGAAAUCCCGGAACUACCUCUGUGA